GUCUUCAAGUGUGCAGUUUGCGACUUUGCGUUUUCUUGUUUCCAUCACUCCCUUCGUUUGACAGUAGUUUCUGUCAACUUAUGGAAAAUUAGCGCAAACAAAAUUUUCAGUGUCGGUGUUCUCUUUACUGCUGUUAAAAUCUUGCUUCACUCACUCUUCUCUAUUUUUUUACAAUAGUAAGUCACUACUACCAAAAUGCCUGCCCCCGCACCCGCAGCUGAAAAUGGAGCACCUAAAUCGGAACUUCAGGAACUUCAACUUAAAGCGACACAAGUUACAGAUGAGUCACUCGAUAGCACGAGGCGGAUGCUGGCGUUAUGCGAGGAGAGCGAGGACGCUGGAGCGAAUACCCUACAACUAUUAAAUCAUCAAGGCGAACAAUUGGAUAGAAUUGAGGAUGGAAUGGAUCAAAUUAACACAGACAUGCGCGAAGCCGAAAAAAACCUUACAGGAAUGGAAAAAUGUUGCGGCCUCUGUGUGCUUCCGUGUCAAAAGGGUUCAUCUUUCAAAGAAGACGAGGGUACAUGGAAAGGUAAUGAUGAUGGUAAGGUUGUGAACAAUCAGCCGCAGCGCAUGAUGGACGAUCGUAAUGGAAUGGGACCACAGGGCGGUUACAUAGGUCGCAUCACGAACGACGCACGCGAAGAGGAAAUGGAGGAGAAUAUGGGACAAGUAAAUACAAUGAUCGGUAAUUUACGAAAUAUGGCCAUCGAUAUGGGUUCGGAAUUGGAAAAUCAAAAUCGUCAAAUCGAUCGUAUCAAUCUUAAGGGUGAAUCCAAUAAGAUGCGGAUAGAGGUGGCGAAUCAGCGAGCUCACAAUCUGCUCAAGUAGACACAUACACGACAACACUCAGUCACUGGCGCUUACUCGUGUCUCUUAGCACUGUAUUUUAAUAACAAUUUGUGUAUUUUUUUAACUACUAACAAUUUGCAUGAGCAGGGUGUGUUAAUGUUGGUUUUGGGACACGGGCAAGUUUUCAGGCAUUAGUGAUUUGUAAACAUAAUAUAGUAUUGGUCCUAUGUUUGUUGGUUAGGGCGAGAGCAACGAAACACGUAUCGCAGUGGCUAACCAGCGAGCCAACAAGCUACUUAAGUCGUAAGAGGGCCGAGUCAAGCGCCUCCUUUUAUAUCUACUCUUCUCUCAAUUCUAGAUGUUGCUUAUUCUCACAAGGUUCUAUUUAUUUACUUUGUAUUAUUAAUUAGAGUAGUUUUUUUUAUCGAUACUGCUUAGAUUCAGUUUUAGAUUUUAGACUCAUUGUUUAUAACCCAUUUUGAAUAAAUAGCAAUUAACAUGUAACGUUGCAUAGUUUAGGUAUGUUAAAGAUUUAACGCACAGCUUAGUUCUGUUUAGUAGCACUAGUUGAACAGAUUUAUUGGGACUGUCUCUCAUGUCGUAUUUAUAAUGUUACUAGUCCACAAGUAGGCGACUAAGCUAUUCAUAUGGUGUGUUAUUCAUAAGUUAUUAUUGUUCGCGGGAACAUUCUAAAAAUAUCAAAUGUUAUUAAUUUUAAGACAGUCGAUAAUCUCGUAAAUUUACUCACCUUUUUUUAUGAUAUUUUUAACAUAUCCUGUGUGAACGUCAGAGAUCUCCCAUCACGAAAUGGGGUACAUCUUUUCUGUAUAAUAUGUUAUGGUUUCAAGUUCACAUGAAGAAUUAACAUAAUUUACAGUAAGAAUCAAAAUAGGUUAGAAGAGGGCUACUUCGCCAUUACAUAAA